AUGCCGCCUUUUACCGCGCCACCGCCUUCGCGGCAGGCUGGCGGCGUUCUGACCCCACUCGAGUCGCUGUUUUGUGCCUCCUCUUCGUCGUCGCGGGCCUUCCUGCUUUCGCUCCUGCUUCUGGUUCAUCUGCAGGCGGCUGUGGGAGGCGUCCCGGCGCUCGAUUUCCCCCAGCUAGCUGCGGAGCGCGUAGAGAAGGAGCAACGCGAAGUCGACCGCCAUGCAGCGACUUCCGAGACUCAGCGAGGCUCCGCCACACUGGCAGAGGCCGAACAGCGCGGCGUGCGCGCCUUCAAUCCGAGUGUAUAUACACCCCACUUGAUUGAAGUCGGUUCUGAAGGCCCCAUUCGGCUCAUGUUUGGCUCCUGCAACCUGCAGCCUACUGGAGGCGAAUGGCAGGUUGAGGAAGAAGACCGGCUCAUGUGGUCUUUCAUGGCGAAGCGGCAACCGAAAGUCUUCGCGUGGCUGGGGGACAACGUCUACGCACACAACUACCGGUACUUUGCGCUGGCGAACAGCGUGCGUUGGAACUGGCGGAACCUCUCGUGGACUGAGCUGAAGAGAAGACGCGCGGAGGCGAGCGAGGCCUUCAGGCGCCACUCAACGAUCGAGGAAAUCCGCGAAGCCUUUCGCAAUCAAACUUCUUACCGCUUCUACCAGGAUUUUGUCCGCACAGGAGUCGAGAUCGUCGGCACCUACGACGACCAUGACCUGGGAGAGGACAACCCUUCAAAGGUCCACCCUCUCAAAUACGAAGCGCGCGACGUGGUUCUGGACUUCUUCAACGUCCCUGCGGACUCGCCCAGGCGUUCGAUUUACUGGGAGGGCGCGUACAGCGCUCACAAGAUUCAGGUCGACGCGGAUCUGUCUUUCCGCAUAAUUAUUUUGGAUACACGCUUCAGCCGAGACCCCUGGACUGUGCUGCCGCAUGGCGACAUUCUCGGGACGCAGCAGUGGAAGUGGCUCGAGGAGGAGCUGCGAAAGUCGGCGAAGGAAGGCGACGCGGUGACGUUCAUCACUUCAAGCAUCCAAGUUCUGCCUUCGCCUUUCAUUGCGACGGAGGCCUGGUCGAUCUUCCCGCACGCGCGCAGGAGGCUGCUCAACCUCGUGAUGAACUCAGGUGUCCAGAUGCCGGUCUUUCUCUCGGGAGACGUGCAUUUCUCAGAGAUGAAUCGCGUCGUCUGCCGGCCGCUGCAUCGCAUCGCCGCUCGCGAGGAGGAAGCGGAGCCGGUCGCGGCUGCGGCAGCCGCUGCGGGCGGGGAGAGGCAGCGGGCGGAGGCGCGGGCUGGCGAGCGCAGCGCCCAGUGCCCAGCGCUCUCGCCGCUGCAGCGCAUCUCGCUUGUCCUUUUCCACCUCAGUCCUCGGAGCGACGCGCACUGGGCGAGGCUGCCGGCGCCCGCCGCGGGGUGGAAGGCCGCGCCGCUCGAGGCCGCGUUUCGCGCGCGCUGCGGGGAGCCGAGCGCGGAACUGGAGUCCUCAUGGGUGUCGCUAGCGUCUGCCGCGGGUGCGCGCCGCGCGAGUGAGUGGAGUGAGUACGCGCUGCAGACGGCGUGGCAGGCGCCGGGGCUGUUUGAGCGUGUGUUUCCUGUCGCCUCCUUCCUGUCCACUUACGUGCUCACAUCGCUGUUUGCGCCUCCACUCGGCGCCUCCUUCGCGCUGCUCGCCUCGCCGCACCCUGUCGAGGAGCUGCUUCAUCUUCUCGACGAAGGUCGGGUCCUCGCCCGCGAGCGCGCCGUCAGAAAGCUGCGACCCGCGCUGGACCGCGCAGAUGCCGAGGCCGACGGCGUGGAGCUUCGCGAAUUCACCUCGAGCGGCCUCACGCACGGCAUCGAAGAAACCUUCCUCAUGGCGAGCUCCGCCGCGAAAUUCGCCGACUGGGUGCUGCGCACGCUGCUCCCUCGCACCACCACUCUCCGCGACGACUUCCUCAAUGAGCGUCUCGUUUACACGCACCGCAAUGUGGGCGACAUCCAGCUGGUACGCAGCCCCCUUUACCUCUUCAAAGAAGAGGGGAAGCCGCGCGGCGGCGCCGAAGCCCCGGAAAAGCGGCAGCGAGGAGAGGCACAUGCAGCAGAGGCGCCAGACGCGACCGAAGCUUCCCUCCGCGGCUACGUGGCGGCGGAGGAUCGGAAUGUCUACGCUUCGCUUCUCGCCAGGCUCUCAUCGUCCUGUAUGGCGACUUCAGCGUCCGCCGCGGCAGGCGGCCGCGGCGCCGCCGGCGAGCAGGAGGUCGCCAACAUCGAUGGGGACUGGGCGCGCAGUCUCGCAGAGAUUCGCGCGUUUUUUGCAGGGAAACCCGAGCGGUUCCAUCUGCUUCUCGCGCUCUACGCGCGCCUGCUGCACAUCCACGCUCGGGCUCCCGCCGCCGGCGAGGUAGCGCGCGGCGGGAAGUCGCCAGCAGGAGCCCACGUCAAAGGGCAGCGAACGACGCUGAACAUUCCGCCGCGCAAGUCCCGAGGCGCGUGCGCAGAGCGAGACGGUUCAGCGGCUGCUACAACCCGAGAAAAGGAGGAAGACGACGGUGUGCGCGCCUCAGUGUGGUGCUGGCUGGACGAGGAGGAGCCAGCGAGUGCCGAGAAGCAACAGCAGGGUUCUCUUGGCGAGAAAAAAGCGACCGACGGGCACCCCUCGGAGUCAAGUCAAGCCCCAGAGGGCAAUCUGGUCGAAUACUCGAACCGCCCGGGAUUCCCGUAUCCCCUGCUGCAGAACGAAGCCUUUUUUCGUGUCCUCUUCACAGUAGAGGCGCUUCUCCACGCCUCCGUCCAGCGUCUCGCGGAGGCGGCAUUGUCGCCGGCGCACGCCUCGUCUCUCUCCGCUGCGUGGACGGAGGAGCUUUCUGUGUUCUGUCGCGUGGCGCGUUCGCCGUCGCGCGAGGCCGUGGGCGGGAUUCUCCGUUUUCUCCAUGGGCGCCAGACGUCAGCAUUCGCGGAAAACCCGCGGUCACCUCUGCUGCGCGAGAAGCUGACUCUCCUACACACGCGUGCCGCGGCGAUGCGCACUCGCACCGAUCGUCUCUGCGAGGCGCUCGCCGGCGUGUUCACGCUCGACAGGGCCGCCAGAGAGAGUCCGAGGAUAUGCGGAGCCACGGGGGAGAGUCGCGGGGAGGCAAAGGAUGGGGACAAAGAGCUGCUGCGGGCGCUGUCGACUUUUGCCGCGCGCGAGGCGCAGGCGUCGAGGAAGUCGCAUGGCGCGGGCGAGCGUGAGGCGAAUGCGUUUUCAAUCGAUUUAGUCCCCUGCGGAGACGUUCAAGAAGUUCUUGCGGCGCGCGUGUGGAUCGCCAUCCAUAUCUUCGCCCUGCCCUUCGGCGACCUCGUGCUGGAGAGUUUCCUAUCGCCAUUUGCCUUCCAGCGGGCGCGCGAGCGCCUGCUCCAGGAGCUCGCGGAGGAGGACGGACAGCCCGCGGCGGCGGAGAGCCGCGUGCGCUGGCUCUGCGAGGCGCCGGAAGGCCCGGACAGGACGCCUGCGUACGUCGCCGUGGCUCUCCUUCUGCUUCUCUUUUCGCUGGCCUUCUGCCUCGGCUGCUGCGUAUGUGUCUGCGGGCGCGGCUGCUCGCGGCCGCCAACUGAGGCGGCGCGGCGCGCGCAGCGUUCGCGGGUCGACCGCAGUGCGAAGCCCAGCCUCGCAGACGCAGGGGUGGCGGAGGCAGUCCGGAGGCGGCAGAUCGCGUGA